AUGGCCCCUCCACAGCGGCCGGGAUCGGGAUGGCUUCAAAACGCCAACGGCAACAAGAACCAACCGACCCUGGCGCCGACGCCAGACCAGUCUGAGGUGACAAGGACCGCCCCUCUUCCUGAAGAACUCAUCGCGCGAACUGAAGGAGUCUCGAAGGAGGAAGAGGCGAGGAGAGUCGAGCGAGCCAAGAAGGCAGCGGAGGAGAGCAAGAAGCGGGAGAGGGAGGAGGAGGAGAUGUGCGCGAUCUGUUGCGAUAAGCUCCCGGACCUCGAGAGGGGCGUCCUCUCAUGCGGGCAUGUGUUUUGCUUCGCGUGCAUCCACCAGUGGACCAAGAACUCCAGCAUCUGCCCCGGCUGCCGCGUUCAGAUCAAGAGGAUCACGAAGACCCUGUCGCCAGCCGACGAGGCUAAGUCUAAGGGGGAGACUCGAAAACCGGUGAGCCUUGCGGUCACUCGCCAGCGAGGUUGGCGGAGCCUAUUUUUACCCGUCGAGCGAGCAUUUCGACUUUGUUUGUUUGCGCGGUUUCUAGGACCGCUGUUCUUGGUUGUAUCGCAGCGGGGCAUGAAGAAGAAGGUCAGGAAGCAGCUUAAAAGGGCUAGGCGUCGAGAUUCCAGGGCCAAGAAUCCGGCGGCCGGCUUCGUCACGAAGACCGUCCGCGUCCGCCCCAAGAGCCUCAAGAUGACACCGGCACAGCAGCGCGCGGCCCCGCACCCUCAGGCCCCCGGGGGGUGGAUGUACGUGCAAGAACAGCAGCGGCGGUUGCAGCAGCAGCAGCAGCAGCAGCAGCAGCAACAGCAGCAGCAGCAGCAGCAGGCACGAGUGAUCCAGCCCGCCCUAGCGAGGGGAGCACUGCCGGAGUCCAUGACCCAAGCUGACGCCGCGGACCUGUCCCCGCAGGAGGUGGAAGCGGUUGUCCGCAAUCAGGCGGCCGCCGCGCGUUAGCGUUCCCACCUGUCUACCUUGGAUUCAGUGCUACCCGCUGGUGACGGUUCCCCUACCCCUCUCCGGCUAGAGGCCGUGGCCGGCAGCGGCGGCCGGCAGCGGAAUUUUCCCCGGGUAUUCAGGCCCGAAUACCAAGACGAUUGAUGGUUUCGUUUGUAGGGAGCAAACUGCUGAUCGCGAAACGGAUAGGUUGUUUGGGAGGCAGGAACGACAAGCUGGGAGGCGAACACCAUGGGACGGAUUUGGGGCUUACUUUUCCGUGUUGGAGUGGAUUUCCCCCCCCUAACUCUGGCAGCAGCCGCAGCAGCCACAGGGGGUUUGCGUAGUGUCGUCAGGUUGAACUGACAGACAGGUCUCGGUCGUUUCUUGAAUCAGCCGUUGUAAUUCUGAUCUACCCCACCAGUGGGGUAGAUACGCUCCUCAUGCGCUUUCUCCAACGAGCUGUAUCUCGCCCUGCAAGCCUCCAAUCGACAGAGGACAUGAAUGAUUUUGUUUCUACGUCGCCAUUGGGCUAUGUCGGGACGCGUUGUGAAGGCGAAACGGUACACGGCACUUUAGGGGCAAAAUGGGGCCCAUCAA